AUGGGAAGCAGCAGCCACGAGCGCGGCUCGGCCAGCUGGUCGGAGCUACCGGCCGACGUCCUGGUCACGGUCCUCGAGGGGCUCGCGAUCCGUGACCUGUGCCGCUGGUGGAACGCCGCGUCGUCGUGCGUCCGGGCCCAGCACAGCGCGCUGUCGCGCCCCGGCACGCCCUGCCUGCUCUACAUGGCGGCGGCGGCGUCGCCGUCCGACCCGCCGGCGGCUGCCGCCUCCUCGACGCUCUUCAGCGUCACGGACGGCAGGCCCUACUCCGUGCCGCUCGCCGCCGGCGCCUCCAUCCGCGAGGGCUUCUGGCUGGGCGCCUCGCACGGCUGGCUCGUCACGGUGGACGACCACGCGGAGCCUCACCUCAUGAACCCGGUCACCGGGCAGCGGAUCGACACCCUCCCCUCGGUGGCCACCGUGGAGCAGGUGCGGCGCGUGCACGACGAGGGCGGCGCCGUCGUCGCCGACAUGUACACGGUGUACCAGUACGACUCGUCGCUGUGGGUGUACGAUCCCGCCAACGCGGCCACCACGCUGGACGCGCGUGAGCUCAUCGACUACCUCUACGUCCGGGCGAUCAUCUCGUCGGACCCAUCGGACGGCGACUGCGUCGUCGUGCUCGUGUACUGGCCAGAUUACCAGCUGUGCUUCGCGAGGCCGGGAGACGCGCACUGGACAUGGAUACGGCCUCCGACGGAGAACACCCAGUACUGCGACUGCGCCUUCGACGGCGACGGCAGGACGUUCUACGCGAUGCGCCACGACGGCGCGAUCCACGCGUUCGACCUCCUCGGCCGGCCGGCGCUCGAGAGGGAGGUCGUGCUCCGUUCUCAGGUCCAGGGCGGGAGGACAGCGACCAACUACCUCGUCCACGCGCCAUGGCUACGCGGUGGCGCCGGCGGCUGGCUUCAGGUGUGGAGGAGGAUGGGGGCCACGGAGCAUGUGACGCCUGCAGCUGCGGUGGCACAAGAAUCUGCGUGGCGGACAGAAUCGAUCACGGUUUAUCAGGUGGAUCUCGCCGCGCAGACGCUGGUUGAGAUCCAGAACCUGGGCGAUCACGCCUUGUUCGUGGGGUGCAACUACUCCUUCGCGCUCGCUGCAACGGACUGUCCAGGCAUACUGCCCAACCACGUCUACUACACGGACAAUGAGGAGCAUUAUGCGCUCUACUCGCCACAGUGCCCAAGGGACAUUGGUAUCUACAAUGUGGGUGAUGGCAGCUUUCGUCAAGUCCAACCUCCUUGCCCAUGGUUGAAUUGGCCCCUUACCACCUGGAUUAUGCCAAGCACAUCCCUUCUACUAUCUAUAUAA